AUGGAGCGACGAGGCCAAGGAGCGCUUCUUUGGCGCCAAAAACGAGGAGGCCUGAAAAGCGGAAAGCGUGCUGCGUACAAGGAUGAAUCCUCAGAAAAGGGCAAGGAGCUCAAAGCCAAGUAUGCCACGGAGGAAGACUUGGAGAAGUCCAUCAAGGAGAUGUACCAAAAGAAGUGGGACACGCUGCUGGGCAAGGCCGCCAAAUGCCCCCGAUGCUUCUUCGAUAUCGAGCUCGACGGCGAGAAGGUGGGCCGUGUGGUGAUGAUGCUCCGCGGUGACGUGGUGCCGAAGACGGCGGAGAAUUUCCGGGCGCUCUGCACCGGGGAGAAGGGCUUCGGCUAUAAGGAGAGCACCUUCCAUCGGGUGAUCCCUGACUUCAUGUGUCAAGGUGGUGACUUCACAAACCACAACGGCACAGGUGGCAAGUCCAUCUACGGGGAGAAGUUCGAGGACGAAGGCUUCCAGCUAGAGCACACUGGACCUGGUGUGCUGUCAAUGGCCAACGCGGGGCCCAACACCAACGGUUCGCAGUUCUUCUUGUGCACGACGAAAACCUCGCACCUCGAUGGGAAGCAUGUGGUCUUUGGCAAGGUGGUGGAAGGUUACGAGGUCGUGCAGAAGAUCGAAGGCGUUGGAUCCGGCAGUGGAACUACGUCCAAGAAGGUGGUCAUCGCAGACUGCGGGGAGCUGCCCCUCAAAGACUGGCCCAAGGCGGACAAGUGA